AAUUAUGAAUCAGCUUGAGCAAGAUCUGCGGACUAAACCGAUUUGCCUGAUUGUCCUUGGUAUGGCAGGUUCAGGCAAAACGACAUUUGUGAAGAAGCUAACUGAGUAUUUAACAGUUUCAUCAAAUUCGUCGUAUACAAUUAAUUUAGACCCAGCAGUUUAUCAUAUUCCGUACAAUCCUAACAUUGAUAUUCGCGAUACUGUCAAGUUUAAAGAGGUUAUGAAACAAUAUGGUUAUGGACCAAAUGGAGCUAUUAUGACAUCGUUGAAUUUCUUCGCCUCACAAUUUCAUAAAGUUGUGGAUAUAAUUAACAGCAACUCCGGAAAGGUUUCCUAUGUAAUAAUCGAUACACCUGGACAGAUUGAAGUGUUCACAUGGUCUGCUUCAGGAACUAUUAUUACAGAACUAUUAGUUUAUAUUUAGGGCAAUUCUUUUCCUACUCUAAUUAUAUACGUAAUGGAUACUCCACGAAGCCACAAUCCUAUCACAUUCAUGUCUAAUAUGCUCUAUGCUUGCAGUGUGUUGUAUAAAAUGCGACUUCCGUUUAUAUUAGUUCUCAAUAAAGUAAGUACUGUAUAAUUGCUGUUGGAUUUUUUAAAUCUUUAUUUGACCUACCUUAUGUAUCUAUUACUAUGAUUCUUUGUUUAUCAAAUAUUACUUUGAUUUUGUUUGUUAACUAUAAGAUGCUUCGCAAAACUUCUAUCUUCGCUUCUAAUCAUUUAAACUGAAUAUUUUAUUCAAGUGAUGCAUCUAGCUAGACAAUAAGAUAAUGUUAGCGCCGUAAAGCUUAAUGUUCUCCAAUUCUAUUGGGCACAUAUAACACAACUUUCUGUAUAGAGUUCUCAAUGCAACUCCAUAAGGUAUAAGUUGAUGAAUGUUAACGAUGAAUUCGAUUAUUAUUUAUGUUCCUUUGGCUGUUCUGUUAAUUGGAGAUAUAGUUCAGUGGUUUUAACACUCAAUUACUAAUCAUGAUACUAUCUGUUCAGACUGUCCUCCCUUAUUUUAGUCCCGAUCGUUGCUGCUACCUUGAUGUGGUGGUCGGGCCUGCCUAUCGUGCUGAACCAUUCGGGUUAUACUGGCUGGAACGAUCAUCCCUCAAGGCUCUAUCAUGCCAAGCAAGUCGGUUGAAGAGUGGUAAGACUAAAAGCAGCAAACCCAAGGUCCGAGGGCGAGGUCGUACUGCUGACUGUACAGAUGUAUGACGGCGGUAAGGUGUUUCCUUCAGACAAACAGCAUAGCAGCAAUGCUGUAUUCUCAAAAAGGAGGGGUGGGGUUAGAAGUGGUCGAUUUUAAAAAUGCACACCCCACCUUAUCCCACGGAUUUCCGUCUCCGGCGGUUAGGUCUCAAUAUAUACUAAGCUAACACAAAAACUACCUACAAAAUGGUCGUGUGUGACCGGCCUCAAGCAGCUGUUCCUUGAGCAUUACGGUUACGCUCUCAAAUCACUAAGAUGAACUCUAACCGAAUUUCCUUUUCUGGUAUUUAUAGAAGAACCCUUUUACGAUGUGGGUAAUCAGGAUGUGGUAACCACUCUCAUACCUCCAACAACACUCAAGACCAAUUCCCUCCUCCUUUAGUAUAAAUGUUUGAAUGAUGUCAUCAUCUCUCACUUAGGUAGGUUCAUAUCAAAGUCUAGUAAAUAAGUUCCUAAAAAGCUGCAAACUUAGUUUAUUGGGAUAUUACUCACUGCUAAUGAUCUAACACUGUAAACAUGCAUUGAGUAAUUUAGGUGAACUACAAAAAAUACGUAAUAGUCAUUUUUCUUUCUAACAGUACGAAUACUGGUUAUCUUGUAUCGCUCAGAAAAUUGCUUCCUCAUCUUCAAAUAAAAUAACUCUGUCGUCUAUGUCCUACACAUAUCGAAUUUCCGUAGUAUAUCAGUUCCUGAAAAACGAAGUGUAAGAGAAUUCUUUAUAACACUUUCUAAAUGCAGAAGUGAAUCGUUGGAGAUUUAGUCCGUUCACUUGGGAAAAUGCUCCGUUCUCCUCAUCGAAACUAACAUGAUGAAAAAAUGCUUUCUUGUUUCGUAACAGAAGUGCACGAUAAAUAGAAUGUACAAGUCUUCUGUCAUUAUUUAUGUGCUCUUUAGCUGACAAUGUUAAAAAUUGCUCCUACUUAAUAUAACAAUAAAGCAAAUUUAAGUAAAACAGAACUAAGCAUUUAUAGAUGUAUUUGCCACUUAAUUUUAGACAUAAGAGUGUCGUGUGACUGGUUCAGAUUGCAUAAAAAAUUGCAUAGUUUAUUGUCAGAUGAUAACCAGGGCAUUGGUCUAAUUCUUAGAUUUAGCUAAUGAGAAUCAUUUUAUCACGGAAUCCAAUAUAAUUGUUAAUCUCGUGAAUGACAAUACAACAUUCAACUAUUUGAUCGUUAUAUUUUCGAAAGAGAAUAAUGUAGCCAGUAAUUCACCCUUCUUGCUUGUGCAAAUACUUCAGAACCUUAUAUACCUACUAGUUCUAUGGAGAAAUAACAACGGACUUAAAUGUAUCAAUGCCGAGGAUGGACUUGAUAGUCUCAAAUACAUUAAGCAUUUGGUAGAAAGUUAAUUAUAUAUAUUUCAACAGUAACAUCUUUUACUAUAACGUUCAGCGAUACAGAUUUAAGUAUCUAAGUGAAUACGUAUUUGAUGUAGGAGGUUCCUAUUUGUCUUGUUGAUGGGUGUCCAUACUUAUGAAAUGUGAUUCUAUCAAAUACUGUUCACUCUCUACAAAAUCAAGUGUAAUUAAGUCACAUUUCUGUCCACCCCUAUUUCCGAAUGUAAAUGGGAUUGUGUAUUUUAUGGGUUUACCAGUGGUUACCGUUGUAAUUGCUAUUUCCGUAAAAUAUUCGUACGAACUGAGGUAUAAAUAAGGGACUAAAAUUUUUUUGCAUUUCACCUUUUUCACUUUUUUUUGUAAGACUGACAUUAUAGACUGUGAUUUCGCCAUUCAAUGGAUGAGGGACUUUGAAACAUUUCAAGAUGCUCUAGCUGGUCAUCAAUCAACUGAUGGACCAUCUGAAAUGGAAGGUGAUAAUCCUUGUCCUGGGACAUCACCAUACAUGAAUAGUCUGGUUCAUUCUAUGUCAUUAGUGUUAGAUGAAUUCUAUAGUACUUUGCGUUGUUGUGGUAUCUCGUCGAUAACUGGUGAAGGCAUGAGAAAGUUUGUGGAAGAGAUUGAUGAAGCGAAAGAAGAAUACUUUAAGGUUUGUGAUAGUUUCUUACAUGAAUAAUUUUGUGUUUAUAGGUAAUAAUUAAAUGUUUCAAAGUAUUAUCACGCUGUUACUUUGUAAAAUGACUACUGAUCAGUGUUGAGGACAGGCUUUGAUCUAUUAUCAUUACCCGAAGUCUCAAAAUGGAAGAGAGCACCUUUAAUUUUGCCUUUUUAUCACAAAUUAGUUAUAUGGGCAACGGGGAAGUGACAGCAAUGCUUAUAACAACGCCCAAACUCUCCUUGUUCGCGAUCUAAUCCCCUCUUCGUUUCGUAGUAUUUUUCCUUUCCUUACUAUCAUCCCUUCUGCAACUUCAUCUUUUUUCUGUGCGACACCAGUUCUGACGAUCCAAACCCACGAAAUCCUCUUCUUGGUCUCAAAACUACAUAUCCGAGCUUUCAGUGUGCGAGCCCCAUGUCAAAUCAAACAGGCUUCAUAAGCUUGAAAUCUGGAAUCUCGCGCCACUGACAAAUACGGUAUCUCCCAAGCUUAGAUAUAGAAUCUCAGUGUGGCCAUUCAUUUGACCCAUCUUGGUAGGUAAACUCCAGGAGUUUUUAAGGAUGUUGGUCCAUUCUCAGCAGCUAAACUGUCUGGGAUACUAGCUAGAGUUUGGGAGCCGGACACAAUCUAACUGGAUUGAACUCAACCACGGAUUGUCCCAGUCCACGAGAGAUAAUAGAAAUUAUUUCAUGGUAACCACAGAUCAAUCAGUUUUACUAAUAGAUCAUCUACAGUAUUACGCUUGAUAACCAUCCGACGCUUUUCUGAGUCUCUGUAAUCACAUGCUUCUGGAGACUAGUCUGUUUUUCGGCCUGAGCGUAAAUGUAUCAAUCGAAUUUUCAAUCCUACUUCCCAACUCCAGACUAUAAUUAUAUCCGUUGAUCUUAAGAUUACAUUCGACUUCGUCGAGUGUAUGAUUUCAUCUGUGUUCAUUAUUAAAAUUUGUAACUAAAAAAAUACCUAGACUUUUUAAUUGCUUUCUAACUAAACACUUGAUCGAGUCAGCGCCUAUAGCAAACUAUCAUCGGAAUCGCCAACCUCAAACGGUGUUCGUCAGUAUUAUCCACUAUUUACCUAUUCACUUAAUUUUGUCGUAAAUUUCCUUCCAGAACUAAAACCUUAUUCAUAUAUUUUUUUCAGGAAUUGAUCUCUCUCCUCUAAACUCACUAAUCCACCUGGAGUACAGAGCUAACAUAGUAUUUUUUAAUGAAAACGUUACCAUAAUGCAAAAUCUCUUGUAUGCCUUGAAUAGCGACGCAAGUAUGAUUUUAAUGCUUUUCUCUCCAUUUAAAUGCAAAAUUGUUGAUUCAAGACUGGUCUGUGUCGUCACCAACAUUUGAUCCAUAAGAGAUAAAUUAGUUAGGUGCAUUGAUCACUACACUUAUUGCAUCAACCUUUAUUGCUCGCAUCAUGAUUCACUAACUUUCAACGGAUAUAGAGGGAAAUCAUUUGCUUAUGUGAUGUUAUUUAAAAUAUUGCAGCUUUUAUUUGAUCCGCUCAAGAUCAUCUACCGUUGGCUUCAAAUUCUAGUUUUUCUGACAAAGAUUAUUGUUAUUUGAUGGAUCAUUGAUGCUACAUUGUUUCAAUCUCUUCUAUUCAUAUUGUUAUUUUCACUCCAUAGUGCUAAUGUGAUAUGCCAAGUUGGGCCAAUUCACAUCUGUCCCAGGUUCUAAGUUGGUAUUUGUUUCUGUUUGAAUGAAGUGUCAUUGCAGUAGUCUUCUUUGCAUUUACUUAUUUAUAUUCUGAAGAUAGCAAAAUUGAUAUCUCACUAUUCUGAAUAUAUUAGUAAUAGAACCUCUUGGAUUUUAUGCAGCAUUUUUCUUGUGUGUUCGUAUUUUCACCCGAAUUCCAUAGUGUUCGCUAUAUACUAUAUUGUAGUCUUCCUUAUUACUCUUCCAAAACCUCUAUUCACUUUUCUAUGGAAACGACAAAACAAACAGUUUAUAACUGUGAUGAGACGGCUUUUGUGCCUGUCGGAGAUGAUAAGGUUUAAGUUGUUUUGGUAUCUAAAAUCUAACUUGAUAGUGUAUGCUGAAAAUGGUUAUUUUUUUAUAUGCAUCACAGCUAGGCAUCAUAAUUUUCAAGAGUUUGUCACUACAUCAUAGGUCUUAUUAUCUUGUAUUCAUUCACAGAUAAAUCUUCCGAGUUUGUAUGCUAAACAAGAAAAAAACAAGCAAAAUUCAAGUGGUAAGUUAGUAUUAUAUAUAUAUCUUAUGCAGUAAACUGUGGACUAUACAUACCGUAUAAGAUUUGAACACGCGACUCAACGUACUAAUCAAUUCCAGUGAAACAUGAUUCGACACCGUAACUUAGGGAUCUAAACUGACGUUAUAGUUGUACUAUUCAAAUAAUGUGAUAAAGAUCUAUAAAAUCUAAUCAAUAUUAUCCAUUUUUCUUGAGGGUUGUAUCACUAAGUUAGUGUGUAAGACUAUUCACUCCUUAUUAUGGAACUGCCAUUCGAUUUGGACUAAUAAGGACUUGACACACAUGACAUUGAUCACCACCCAGUGAUCAAUCAAUUGUGAAUGCAUCUCAGUCCUACAGGAGGUCGGUCGCGGCCCGAAUAGCCUAGUAGUAACUCCUCUGACUGUGAAGCUGGGUGACACGGGGACGAAUCCGUUCCAGUCCCCUCAAGAUUACAGGUACACCUUGCUGACCGACGAGUGACAAAUAGCACUAAACCCGGGUCCAGGGUUUCCUGUUGACUACCUCCAACCACCAUCUUAUCUCAACAUAGUGCACGCAAUGUUGAGUCACCUAAACUAGUGGCUACAUUGCAACUUGGUUGAUAACAUUCGAUCUGCACUAAUAAGGACUUGACACACAUGAGAUUGGUCACCACCCAGUGAUCAAUCAAUUGUGAAUACUAGUACCCUGCUUCAAUUAUUAAUAUUUCAAAUCUAUUUAACAAAAAUUGUUUUUGAGUUAUUACUUAUCGGAUUUUUAUGUUUGUUUUGCAUUCAGAUAAAUCUAGUAAGUGUCAUUCAUCCAAACAUGGAUCAAUGCUUUUGGAUUUGGCUGGUAAUGAUGACGAAGCUGAAAAUGAUCCGCUACCUGAUGUUGAUGGUAUAGAAAUUCGUCCACACAGUGAUUCAGAUGAUAACGAUGAUGAUGAUGAAUUUUUAGAAUCAAAAGAUCUCACAUCUAUUCAAAGUAGGUUUCAGUUAACUAAUCAAAAUUUUAAAUGAUAACAAAGCGCUUAAUCUUAAAAAAGUUCAUUCUGAGGAGAUUGUCUAUCAAGUUAUGAGAUUUCAUAUUAUGCCACUUAUUUACUCUCAUAUUUGUUAUAAUCCAUUGUUUUACGUUAAUCGAAGCGCCCCCAAAUGCCUUGGUACGACCGAGAGUGGGGAGAGUCCGUUCUCCCUCUCGAAAUACUCUCACACGGCCACGCGUAUAUAGCCUCUGCCAGGGAAGUCCCACUCAUUGCCUUCUCGUGGCGGGGGUGUUGUUUACGAAAAUGAGAGAACGAAAAGCAAAUGUCCGGCGCUUUAACCGGAUCCCAAACCAAAUUAAUGGUGCACAUGGGCUCCAGUAUCCUGAGGGAACAAAUGGCGUACGAACCAAUUGUUGGUCACCGGCUACCAUCGGACUGCAUCUCCGUACUUUGCUCUACUGCCUUGUGGAUCAGACCUUCAGGUUAAAGGCUCGGAGAGUGUCCCCCUAAGAUAACCACCUGUUCCGGUUCGGGCACCCGGGCAAUAUCACAUCCCUCACACAUAUCGAAUGAGAUUUGUGUGGUGCAUAUGUAUUUGGUGCCUCCUUGUACCAAUAUCUGUGUUUUAAAAUAAAAUAAUGAUCGAAGCUAUUCUACAGUACUACUGUGUUGUUAUCUGAAAAUUUUAAUAUGGAAUUUAUCGUCAACAAGCUUCCUUCUAUAAUACACAUAGAUUUUAAUUAGUUGUAAUAUGUGUAAUCUCAUGAUCGGAUAGAUUUUCUGCUUAUUUAGAGAUUGUUUCUUUGAGAUAUUUCAAUCUCAUAUAUAGAAACAUCUUAAUCCCUUGCCAAAUUUCCUUAUGAAUUCACAUUUUUCAACUGCUUGUUUCUUCUUCUACUUGGUUGUAUGUUGUUGAAUAAAUAAUAAAUCAAGAGUAAGGCAAAUAUAAUACAUGACACUAAGUGAUAAAGCACAUACUAGAGUUGAGAAUGUAAGACGGUGUGCCUGGACUGUAGUUUAGAAAUUGAUGUCUUUAUCAGUAAUCACUCCUUAGUUCUAUUAUAUUCAAAUGUAACAAAUAGGACAACCGGUGUGAUGUUCAGUUGUGCCUACCUAUUUGGAAAUUUUUGUUUACUUAUUUAAACAUAUAAAUAUUGGUAUAAAUACACACCAAAAUGUAUAUGCACCACACAAAUCAUUGAAUUUAUGUGUGGGCUGGAAUACUGCUCAAGUGUCUAAACCAAAAUAGGAGGUUUUCUUAGGGGACCAUCACUCAGCCUCUAACCCAGGGAUCUGAUCCACAGGUUAGUGAAGCGAUGUUAAGAGGUGCAGUUUCAUGACACCCAGGGACCAACAAUCAGCAUUCGAUCUCUCAGGAUCCUGAAGUUCAUGUGAACCGUUAGUUUGGAAUCAGAGUAUUCCAACUCCCUUAGGUGUACGCUCCAUAUCCACCAACCCGGUUUAAGUAUUGGAUAUUCGCUUUUCUUCCUCUUAAUCUCGUAAACAACAACUCCAUGAGAAGAUAGUGAGUAGGACUCCCAUUUCAGUGGUUUUCUAUAUAUGCGUUGCCACAUGUGGGCAUUUCAAGAGGGAGCAGACACUCUCCUCCCUCAGCCGUACCAGGGCAUUCGGAAAACUCGGAGGCCUCAGUACUAGCGUUUCACUGAAUAUUAAAGUGUGUUUUUACCCCUCUGUAAUAGAAAACCCACCACAAAAUGUGUGAGUUCUGUUUCCAAGUUGAUAACUAAAUCGUCAACCUUAAAUUUGAAAAUCAUAAUUUUGAAGUGUAGUAUGAAAAACAAACAACAUCACAUACAAGAAUAACGGAGAUUAGACUCUACUAAAAGCUGGGCGUGUGAAACGUCUGAAAUCAUGUUAUAACAACUUUCCUCAUCAGUAUGUGGUUGUGAAGAUUAUUAUGUUUUUGAUUGAGAUCAUAAACCGAUUGAUGCUAGACCACCACUGAAAACCUGGAAGCACUUGACAGCCGUCUCAUCCUUUCGUGGGAAUCCUCAUCAGUGCGCAACCACGAUACCGCUCGCUGGAUUCGAACCCAGGGCCUUCACUCUCGCGCUCAAAUACUUAACGAUUAGACCAUUGAGCCGGCAUUCAACGGUGUUAAUGUCUAAUUUCAACCAAUCCACGAAAUCGCGCGACCAUCUUCCAUUGUUCAAUAUCAAUCGGUUCAUGAUCUCAAUCACAAUUUUCUUAGCGUACGUUAAGCUGUAGAUUUCAAGUUUACUGCUUCAAAUGGUGAUCUUAGUUGCACGUUUGCUUUGUUCCAGAGUUCAUACCACUUAAUUUUUUUCUGGUUAACGUUUUUUUAACGAGUUAGUUUUCUACGGGAUAGGGUCGCUUACUGUAUGCCCAACCCUCCUCCUUUAACCGGACUUGAGAACCGGCACUAAUCCUAGAGGGGCUUCAGGCGGAGUUAUACCAUUUACUAGCAAUAUCUCUAACAUAAAACUUCAAAUAGUAGUAUUUAUCAUCAUCAUCAUACUGAUAUGUUUGUUUAUUUUGUUUAAAUCUAGAUAAAUUUCAACAAUCAUGCUCUGUUGAUCCUGUUCCUUCUAUGAAUUGUGAAAACUAACUCCUUCUAUAAAUGGAAACAAUUAUUUUGUACAAAAUAUAAAUAUUUUUUGUUGCUGAGAUUCUAGCAUUUUUGUUAUGAUGAAUAUUAUUGAAUAGAAAAUGAAGAGAAUUCAGCGAAGAAAAAUUUUCUCUUCUCGACGAAAACAUUCAGUUAAUCUAUACAUUCGUAUUUAUGUCAAUAUAUAAUCAUUGAGCCGGGAUUAUAUGGAAGUCCUACUCACUACUUUUUCACGGUGAGAGUGUUGUUCACGAAAUCAAGAGGACGAAAAGAGAAUGUCCAGUGCUUUAACCGGGUUGGUGGAUAUGGAGGGUUCACUUAGAGGAGUUGAAAACCCUAAAACCAAAUCAAUGGUGCAUAUGGGUUCCACAAUCUUGAAGAAAUAAAUGGCGUAUGAACCAAUUGUUGGUUACCGGCUACCAUGGGAC